AUGGCGGCGCUGGCGGAGGAGCAGACGGAGGUGGCGGUCAAGUUAGAGGCUGAGGGACCGCCGACGCUGCUACCUCCUCAGGCGGGGGACGCCGCUGGCGAGGGUGGCGGCGGCACCACCAACAACGGCCCCAAUGGUGGCGGCGGGAACGCUGCGGCGGCGUCGUCAGCCGGCGGGGAUGGUGGGACCCCCAAGCCUUCGGUGGCUGUCCCUGCCGUUGCCCCGGCGGGGGCGGCCCCGGUGCCCGCCGCUGCUCCGGAGGCCGGCGCUCCCCACGACCGGCAGACGCUGCUGGCCGUGCUGCAGUUCCUGCGGCAGAGCAACCUUCGCGAGGCCGAGGAGGCGCUGCGCCGGGAGGCCCGGCUGCUGGAGGAGGCAGCGGCGGGCUGCAGCGCGCCGGGCGAGGCGGACGGCGCGGGCGCCGAGGCGGCCAGCGCGCUUCUCAGCCGUGUCACCGCCUCGGCUCCCGGCCCUGCGGCCCCCGAGCCUCCGGGCACCGGCGCUUCGGGAGCCGCCGCCGCCGUCUCGGGCUCAGCGACGUGUCCUGCGGCUCCGGGGAAAGUUGGAAGUGUAGCUGUGGAAGACCAGCCAGAUGUCAGUGCUGUGCUGUCAGCUUACAACCAACAAGGAGACCCCACAAUGUAUGAAGAAUACUAUAGUGGACUGAAACACUUCAUUGAGUGUUCCUUGGACUGCCAUCGGGCAGAGUUAUCCCAACUCUUUUAUCCUCUGUUUGUGCACAUGUACUUAGAACUAGUCUACAAUCAACAUGAGAAUGAAGCAAAAUCAUUCUUUGAGAAGUUCCAUGGAGAUCAGGAAUGUUAUUACCAAGAUGACCUACGAGUAUUAUCUAGUCUUACCAAAAAGGAACACAUGAAAGGGAAUGAGACCAUGUUGGAUUUUCGAACAAGUAAAUUUGUUCUGCGUAUUUCCCGUGACUCGUACCAACUCUUGAAGAGGCAUCUUCAGGAGAAACAGAACAAUCAGAUAUGGAACAUAGUUCAGGAGCACCUCUACAUUGACAUCUUUGAUGGGAUGCCGCGUAGUAAGCAGCAGAUAGAUGCGAUGGUGGGAAGUUUGGCAGGAGAGGCUAAACGAGAGGCAAACAAAUCAAAGGUAUUUUUUGGUUUAUUAAAAGAGCCAGAAAUUGAAGUGCCUUUGGAUGACGAGGAUGAAGAAGGAGAAAAUGAAGAAGGAAAACCUAAAAAGAAGAAGCCUAAAAAGGAUAGUAUUGGAUCCAAAAGCAAAAAACAGGAUCCCAAUGCUCCACCUCAAAACAGAAUCCCGCUUCCUGAGUUGAAAGAUUCAGAUAAGUUAGAUAAGAUAAUGAAUAUGAAAGAAACCACCAAACGGGUGCGCCUUGGGCCAGACUGUUUACCUUCCAUUUGUUUCUAUACAUUCCUCAAUGCUUACCAGGGCCUUACUGCAGUGGAUGUCACUGAUGAUUCUAGUUUGAUUGCUGGAGGUUUUGCAGAUUCAACUGUCCGAGUGUGGUCUGUGACUCCCAAAAAGCUUCGUAGUGUCAAACAAGCAGCAGAUCUUAGCCUCAUAGACAAAGAAUCAGAUGAUGUCUUAGAAAGAAUCAUGGAUGAGAAAACAGCAAGUGAAUUAAAGAUUUUGUAUGGUCACAGUGGGCCUGUCUAUGGAGCCAGCUUCAGUCCAGAUAGGAACUACCUGCUUUCCUCUUCAGAAGAUGGAACUGUUAGAUUGUGGAGUCUUCAAACAUUUACUUGCUUAGUGGGAUAUAAAGGACACAACUAUCCAGUUUGGGACACACAGUUUUCUCCAUAUGGAUAUUAUUUUGUAUCAGGGGGCCAUGACCGAGUAGCUCGGCUCUGGGCCACAGACCACUAUCAGCCUUUAAGGAUAUUUGCUGGCCAUCUUGCUGAUGUAAAUUGUACCAGAUUCCACCCAAAUUCUAAUUAUGUUGCUACGGGCUCUGCAGACAGAACUGUGCGGCUCUGGGAUGUUUUGAAUGGAAACUGUGUAAGGAUCUUCACUGGACACAAGGGACCAAUUCAUUCCUUGACAUUUUCUCCCAAUGGGAGAUUCCUGGCUACAGGAGCAACAGAUGGCAGAGUACUCCUUUGGGAUAUUGGACAUGGUUUGAUGGUUGGAGAAUUAAAAGGCCACACCGAUACAGUCUGUUCUCUUAGGUUUAGUAGAGAUGGUGAAAUUUUGGCAUCAGGUUCAAUGGAUAAUACAGUCCGGUUAUGGGAUGCUGUCAAAGCAUUUGAAGAUUUAGAGACUGAUGACUUUACUACAGCCACUGGGCAUAUAACUUUACCUGAGAAUUCACAGGAAUUACUGUUGGGAACAUAUAUGACCAAAUCAACACCAGUUGUACAUCUCCAUUUUACUCGAAGGAACUUGGUUCUAGCUGCAGGAGCUUAUAGUCCGCAAUAG